UCAAAUAAAACAGUAACUUGGAGUAAUAAUCUUCUUGUCAUUUCUCUCUAGCUUGCUAAUUUAUUCUUCAUACAAUAUACACACACAGACACACAUAUUACUCUGCUGUAUAUUCUUGUUUCUUGGAAGUUCUUACUGGAAUGUCUGAAAAAGGACAUGCUCGAUUGGUUCGUUGCCCAAAUUGCAAGAAUUUAGUUUCAGAGCUGAAAGAUUACUCUGUUUAUCAGUGUGGUGCUUGUGGGAUUGUUCUUAGAGUAAAAGAUAAGAAUUUUGAGGUAGAUGGGGUUUCUGGGGAUUUUGUUUUGGGUGAUGAUGGGUCAAUAAAUGAUGUUGGGUCAAAUGGUAGUUCUGCUAGUAUGAUUAGGAGGAUUGGAAAUUCGGAUGAGAUGCAUGAGCGAUAUGUGUAUAACUCAAUAGCUAAAGGGGAUAGGCCAAGUUUCGAGUAUCAAGGGGGGAUGGAUGAGAAUGUUGCUGGAAGUAGUAGAGAAUUUGGGGGUUCAAAAUAUGGAGGUGGUCAUGUUUAUGUGUCACAGAGGUCAGACCGCAGAUUUGAUCGGAGAUCUGGUGGUGAGAAUGGCGAUGAUGAAUAUUAUCAUGGCACUCAAAGGGGAGAUGUGGGAAGGGUGAGAUAUUCUGCAUCAAUGCACUCGUACCGGGGUACUUCGGAGCUGGGACGUAAUUAUGAUUAUGCUGAAGCAGCCCAAUUUGUGAAGAGCAGAGGCGAUUUCAGUGAGUUUACGAAGGUCGACCAUGUAGAACAAGAAAAAGCCGAGAUAUUAAGAAAGUUGAAUGAGUUAAAGGAUCAACUUAGUAGGAUUGAUGUAGCUUCUAAACCUAAAGAAAAGGUCUUUACUGAUAGGACGGCUUUUCAUAAGGAUCCUUAUAGUAAUCCAGAGAUUUGGCUGUCUGAUGGAUCUCGAGUUCAGAAAAGGACCUCAUUGCAGUAUUCAGGUGCUGAUAAACAUGUAGCUGGACCUUCAUAUAUUAGUCAUUACAAUGAGCCACCAUCAUACAUAGAUAGUCGUGAGAUGGCUCCGCCUAAGUUUUAUCCACCAAUGCAUACUCCAAAUCACCUGCAAGAGUAUGAGGGUCCGUUAAGGUCACCAGUGCCCGGGGGACCUUUAUACAGGGUACCUUCUCCUCCACAGCCACAGUAUUCCCAUCCAUACUAUUCUCCACAGUAUGUGAAUAGUGAUGUAACGCCUUCGAAUACAAUUCAACCAUAUUCGCAUAACAUAAAUAUGCAUACACCAUCUUGUUCUUGUUUACAGUGCUACAAUAGGCAUCCUCAGGUUAUACCAACUGUUACCUCUUCUGGAUAUGGUGAUAGAAGGUAUUUGGAUGACCCGAAAAACCCCAUUUUAUAUCCUCGUGACAAUUCCAGUGCACUUGGUCCACAGAAUUAUGAUCCUGGAUCUCAGAGAAUCUAUCAUAAUUCACAAUGGUCCAAAGAUCAGAACUUAGGAGUAGGUGUGUCCAAUCAACAACGCCAUCUAAAGGUGAUGCCGUCUAGUGGUGGACGUCGUUGCUACCCUAUUGCUGGUGGUGCACCGUUGUUUGCAUGUUGCAGUUGUUUCGAAUUGCUCCAACUUCCUAAGAAAUUUCUUUUUAGACAAAAAAUUCAAAAGAAAAUAAGAUGUGCAGCAUGUGCCAAACUCAUAUUUGUAGAAGUUACUGAUAAGAAACUUAUUCUUUCUGUUUAUGAGGAAGCAAAGGAAAGUCCUGCUACGGAUGAUGAUAGCUCGUAUAUGGCCAAGAACAAUACUUUGAAUUUUGUUGCAGAUAGUAGAAGCAUGGAUGUCCCGUCAGAUGAUUAUGAUAGCUCCACUUUCAAUAUACAUUCAGCUGACAGAAAACAAGUUUCGGCAUCACCAGAAAAGGUUUUAAGCUCCAAUCACUCUGCUGGGGUAAAAAAUGAACACUCCACUUCUUCCUUUACAUCUGAGAAUGAGGACAACAAUAAUACAAAUAGAAAUAGCAACUCUGCUGAACUCCCAACAGAGGCCAUCCCAUCACGUCCGCCUUCAGGUUCACCUCUUAAAGAUCACAUUGAUUACUCUAAUAGAUAUACUUUGGCAAACCAAUCUGAAAAGGGAAGCAAAAUUGAUCUGUCCGAGCAUGAGAUGGGAAUGCCAAUAAAGGUCAUCUCACAACAAAAUUCUGGGAAAGAUACUGCAGCAGCAACUGAAUUGGAUAUAUCACCCAAUGAGUAUUUUAAUACAGGAACAUCCAUUGAUUCAGGGGAUAUAAGCAGAGAAGAAGAUCAAACAAGAGCAAGCAAAGCAAAUUCAUACUUUCCAGGUAUUAUCAGAGAGAGCUCUCAGGACAGAUCUGAUAACAGUUUCGAGGACGAAAUAACUAAUGUUUCGGUUAAUGGGCAUCCUAUACCAGAUAGGUUUGUAAAGAAGGCUGAGGAGUUUGCUGGACGAAUCCAACCUGGAGAAUAUUGGUAUGAUUCUCGAGCUGGAUUCUGGGGUGUGAUGGGUGGACCUUGCCUUGGCAUAAUUCCUCCGUCUAUUGAAGAAUUUAAUUUUCCACUGCCAGAGACUUGUGCUGGUGGAGACACUGGUGUGUUUGUUAAUGGUAGAGAACUGCAUCAAAAGGACCUAAAGUUGCUUGGAAAAAGAGGGCUCCCUACAGAUGUUGAUAGAUCAUACAUUAUUGAGAUAUCUGGGAGAGUUCUAGAUGAUGAAUCUGGUGAAGAGCUAGAUAGCCUCGGCAAACUUGCCCCAACCGUUGAGAAGACGAAGCGUGGAUUCGGCAUGAGAACUCCUAGAGGAGCUAGAUGAGUUCCAGGUCUUCUCAAACCAUAGUUUACAUUUGCGAAAAUAUCUGUAUCGUGAAGUCCACACACACCAUGCUCUCGACUAAUAUACUAGGUGGAAAUCUAGUCAUGCCGCUCAAGAAAAAUCCUAAACUUAGCAUUGCCUCCGGUAUCCUCCGAGCUGUUAUUGUGAAGUUUACUAGUUUUUUUAUAGUCAUGGUCAUGAUAAGAAUGAUGCAAGUUUCUCAUAUCUGUGCAGUACAGGUUAUAAUGUAAAUUCCUUUAGUCAAAUUUGCCAAGCUUGUAGUGUUCGUCA